AUGGGUAACAUACUGAUGGUCAACUCCCAGGAAAAAAGUGACACAUUUUUAGCAGAUUUUUUGAUGAAAUUGAGUCAUGAAACCAUAAUCAUUGAAUUGAAGAAUGGAACACAAGUCCAUGGAACAAUCUCAGACAGCUUACCUCUUGAAACAUUACUUGUGGAUGUUGAGCCUAAGGUGAAAUCUAAGAAGAGAGAAGCUGUUGCAGGACGAGGUCAAGGCCGAGGUAGAGGAAGAGGACAUGGUUGCAGCAGAGGAAGAGGGGGUCCUAGGCGAUAA